AUGUUCAUUUGGUUCAGUCGUGAGUAAUUCAUUCAUCGAAAUCGGACGUCUGUUAUGUGCUAAAAUCAGAAGUAGUGCAGUUCUUCAAAACGUCAAACAAAUAUUGUAGAGAGCAAAGAAAAAACAACGAGAAAAAUUUCAAAUUCAUUUCGAUAAAAUUAUGUUAUUUGCUUUAAUUGGGAGGGAGUUCGACUACUACUGAACAUUUCAAGUGCAAACAAUAAAAAUAGCAGUGAAACAAAAAACACUACCAGAAAACAAAAUAGGAACAACGCCACUAGAAUUAUGUUUAGUUUUUUUUUGUUUAAUGUGCAACUCGAAUCGAACAAGGAAACAAAAAACAACAUUAAUCGUAUACAACUAGUAUAGAUGCUGACUGUUGUGAACUUCGAAAUCGCUCUUAAUAUUUCCUUUCAAAUCGAAUGAUUUAUAUGUCGGAUCACUUCAAAAAAUAAAUCCAAUCAAACAAGAAACUGUGCGAUUCGAUGUUUCACGAAUUAAAACAAUAAUCGUUUAGCAAAAAUUAUUACAAAGUGCUACAGGCAAAUGCGUGUGAAUGUAAACAAUAUUUUCAUUGAAAUUUGUGACUUGUUAAUGCACAGUGAAUAGUGUGUCACUUUUUAUUUUAACAUCGCAUCAACUGUGGAUAAUGACUACCACUUUCAUUGAUCGUCCGAUGGCUUGGAAGUCCAAUCAACGCUUGAAAUUCACACAGAACGACUGUAUCAACUUGAAAACAUUGUGGAAAAUGCUCAUUUUAAAUGAUAACCAUGAAAAAGAAGACAUCAAAAGCAACGAUAACUUUGGACUAAUUGCGCACACAGUAAAUGAGGGGAAUUCAGAAAAUAAUAUGUCAUUAUUAAAAUUCUUCGCAAUUAACGCAUUGGAAUUAAGUGCGCCAGCCUCACCAGUAUUACUGCAACAACAACAAAAAACCAUACCAUCCGGGUGGCUUCAAUUAGCUGGUCAUCCAGAAAGUAUUGAACUCUCAGCAAAUGGAACGGUUCGAAAGCGUAUAUCCGGCAUUGAUGAUUCUGAAGCGAUUGCAUACCGUGGCAUUAGCAAAGAUUCACAUGCAUCAAAAAUCGUGCCAAGAUUUUUAGGCGUAACAGAAUCAAAUGGCGAAACUUAUUUGGAACUUCAAGAUUUGCUGCACGGUUUCAAAGAUCCAGCUGUAAUGGAUAUCAAAAUGGGGCGUCGCACAUUUCUUGAGUCCGAAGUGACAAAUACGAAGCUUCGUAGCGAUUUGUAUAAGAAAAUGAUUUCCGUAGCACCGAAUGAGCCCACCGAUGAGGAGCAUGCCCGCGGCUCAAUCACAAAGCUCCGUUAUAUGCUAUUUCGAGAACAAAUGUCUAGCUCGAGUUCAAAGGGUUUUCGCAUUGAAGCGCUUCGCAUGAAAGGUUCAUCCCCCAUCACCGAUCUCAAAACUGUCAAAAGCGACACCGAAGUAUAUGAAACGAUUGCACAAUUUUUAUGCGACAAAAGACAUUUAACGAAGGACCUAUUAGAACGACUCAAGCAAAUUCGCCAAUACAUUGAACAAUCGAAAUUCUUUCAACGUCACGAAAUUGUUGGCAGCAGUAUAUUCAUUGUCUACGAUGAAGAUCACAUUGGUGCUUGGCUCAUUGAUUUUGCCAAAUCACGGCAACUUGAUGAAAACAUUAAAAUUGAUCAUCGACGGAAUUGGAUUCCGGGUAAUUGUGAAGAAGGUCUUCUGUACGGUGUUGAUCAACUGAUAAAUAUCCUCGUUGAUAUCAUAGCAGAUCAACCAAAUUCCGCGUUACCCAUUAAACGCCGAAGUUUACGAGAAAAAUAUUUACACAUUUCAAAGUAAAACAAUGGAAGAAGCUUAUAGAAAGAGGUUAAUUAAGAUAACGAAAUACAAACGCCCAAGGACGGGCAAGAUAAUAAUUUUUGUUUAUUAUUGACACACUGAUUGUUCUUCUAUAAAUUUUCACGAUAAAGAGUAAAACACAAAAUGUGUCACCACGAAUGAAGACUUUUUUUUUUCAUCCAGAAGAUUGUAAUUCUAAUUCAUUCAUGAAAUAUUAUCUAUUAAUCACUGUUGUUUAAUCAAAUAUUUUUAAUUUGAAUUGUUAUUAGGUUUUCUUUUUUUAAAAAGAUUCUCAAAACAUUCGUAGAAAAUAUAUAAGAUUAGAAUAGUGUUGUGAAUUCUAAUGUUCUCGAAAGAAUUGUGUUGAAUUCCUAGGGAAAUUAAAUCAAUUUCUAUAAAAUCGGAACUCUAAUUGAAUGUUCCAAACAAACUUGAGACUGAUACAUCGUAAAGCUUAGAAUAUCUAAAAAUGUAACUUUUAUAUCGUAUUCCAUGAUUUGUAAACACAUAAACAUAAAAAGAAACUAUUGGCAAAAUCUA